AGGAAGAAAAGGAUGCCACGGAAGCUGUUGUUGCCUUAUAAAUCUGUUUUUUCUCACUUUCGAGCUCCACGGGGGUUGCAUGACUCUUUGGCGAUGAACGCAGCUAGAAGUGGCUACCGGGUCUUCUCGGCCAACUCCACGGCAGCCUGCACCGAGCUGGCGAAGAGGAUCACGGAGCGUCUCGGUGCUGAGCUGGGGAAAUCUGUGGUGUACCAGGAAACCAAUGGAGAAACUAGAGUUGAAAUAAAAGAAUCCGUCCGGGGACAGGAUAUCUUCAUCAUACAGACUAUCCCCAGAGAUGUGAAUACUGCUGUCAUGGAGCUGCUGAUAAUGGCCUAUGCACUGAAGACAUCCUGCGCCAGGAACAUCAUUGGGGUCAUCCCUUACUUCCCCUACAGCAAACAGAGCAAAAUGAGGAAGAGGGGCUCCAUAGUCUGCAAGCUGCUGGCUUCCAUGCUCGCCAAGGCAGGUUUAACACACAUUAUCACUAUGGACCUUCAUCAGAAGGAAAUCCAAGGCUUCUUCAGCUUCCCAGUAGACAACUUGAGAGCAUCCCCUUUUUUGCUUCAGUAUAUACAGGAAGAAAUUCCAGAUUACAGAAACGCAGUUAUUGUAGCCAAAUCUCCUGAUGCAGCUAAAAGGGCUCAGUCUUACGCCGAGAGGCUGCGGCUGGGGCUGGCAGUGAUCCACGGCGAGGCUCAGUGCACGGAGCAGGACAUGGAUGAUGGACGGCACUCCCCUCCCACGGUCAAGAACGCGACUGUGCACCCGGGGCUGGAGCUGCCGGUGAUGAUGGCCAAGGAGAAACCGCCAAUAACUGUGGUUGGAGACGUCGGAGGAAGAAUUGCCAUCAUUGUGGAUGACAUCAUCGAUGAUGUGGAAAGCUUUGUAGCUGCUGCAGAGAUCCUGAAAGAGCGUGGAGCCUACAAGAUUUUUGUGAUGGCUACCCACGGGCUCCUGUCAGCAGAUGCCCCCCGUCUCAUAGAGGAGUCCUCCAUCGAUGAGGUGGUAGUCACCAACACGGUUCCUCACGAGGUACAGAAGCUGCAGUGCCCCAAGAUAAAGACUGUGGAUAUCAGUUUGAUUCUCUCUGAAGCCAUCCGACGAAUCCACAACGGCGAGUCCAUGGCCUAUCUCUUCCGUAACAUCACCGUCGAUGACUAGACCUGGCGCUGCCCAUCCCAGCUUCCACAAGACAGGGAAACAUGCAUGACAAAGCAAUACCAUAAAUUAUAGGCAUAACACAACUGUUUAUUCUCGUAGGGGGCACGAAAGUUUUCAGCAUCUUGAGCCAUGAGGUCUAAUAGAAAAAAAUCAACCUGAGCAGCAUUUUACAGGUGAACAGAAGAGGCCACUGGCAAUGGGGAGGUUACAUCUUAAUUAGGGGAGAUGAAGUGAGGUGGUGAUGAAUUUUUAAGUUCCUUUAAAUUUUCUUUUUUUUUAUUUAGUGUGUUAUCUCUUGCCCUGUAGCUGGGGAAAGAAAAG